CCGAGUUCACAGGCGUCAUUGAAAUCGAUCUGAGAUAGAACGCUAUUCACGUAUUAAUUUGCAGCGCUUAAUGCUCUGCUCUGGGCUUUGUAAUUUCUAAACCGGUCUUUAAGAUAGUAGGGAAAGACAUGGCGCUGUUCUAUAAUGUGGACAGAUGGAUUGAGGAGAACAAAUCAAAUUUUAAUCCUCCUGUUUGCAACAAACUCAUGCACUUUGGUCAGCUGAAAGUCAUGUUUGUUGGAGGACCCAAUGAAAGGAAAGAUUAUCAUAUUGAAGAAGGAGAAGAGUUGUUUUACCAGUGGAAAGGUGACAUGUGCCUGAAGAUUAUAGAAAAAGGAAAGCAUAAAGAUGUACACAUUCGAGAAGGAGAGAUGUUUUUGUUGCCAGCAAGAAUUCCCCAUUCUCCACAGCGUCAGGCAAACACAGUUGGGCUGGUUUUUGAAAGGACUAGACUUGAAACAGAACUGGAUGCCCUCAGAUAUUAUGUAGCGAAUUCUACUGAUGUCCUGUUUGAGAAAUGGUUCUACUGUGAUGAUCUGGGUACCCAGCUGGCACCGAUAAUAAGAGAAUUUUUCAACUCUGAAGAAUACAGAACCGGAAAGCCAAAUCCAGACAAUUUACGGAAAGAACUUCCGUUUUGUAUAAAUACUGUCAGUACUGUGAUGGACCCCUUCUCGUUAAAUAACUGGAUCAGCAGCCACCGUCAGGAUAUUAAAAUGAAGCAGGUUGUGGACAUGUUUGGUGACUACUUUGAAACUCAGACAGUGGUAUUUGGUUCUGGACAAAGUGAAGACAAGGGAACUGCAGACUCUUGGAUAUGGCAGUUGGAGGGUACAUCCGUGGUGGUAAUGGAUGGCAAAACUACCAACCUAACAGCAGGAGACAGCCUUCUUGUGCCAGUAAAGACAAAGUACACUUGGAAAAGGGCUGAAGGAACUGUUGCCCUUCGUGUCAUUCAGGACCCAGCAAGGAAGAGACCCUAUACUAAAUAAGACGCCUCACAUCACAGAAUAAUCUUUAUCUAGUUUACUUGAAUAAUUGGAAAUUAAUAUUUAAGAUUGCUAAUACAAAUUUCGGAUAGAUCUAUUGGAAAAAAAGGAGAGAGAGAGAUACCGCUUCUACCUCUUCCAACGAUUCUGAGUGAGGCGCAGAGAGAUCUGUGUUUACUGACAAUUACCUUUAUUGUUCAAACCAACUAAUACGUGAAUUCAUACACUAAAUACCUUGUGCGCACACCUGCUAAGUAUCCCUGACUCUCCUGGAUUGUUAAAGAAUAGCAAAGGUAUUACCCGGGCGGAGGAACUUACGCUGGCCAGGCGCUCCUUGUUCCUCGUGGUCCCAAUUCACUCUCCAUAUGCUUCACGCAGGGUUCUUCUCGCUUGUAUCUGCGAUGGUUAUUCUUCGAAGUUACCGCCACCAGGACCCACAAAGCAUCCACUUUUAUAUCCGUUUCUUAUCAAUUCAAAUGUCGCAUUCCCGUGUCAUUGGCCGCAGAUCAUGUGUCUGGCCUUUAACACCUGGUCACUGGCUCUGGUCCAAGCAGCCUCCAUCUAUUGUCCUCUUCCCAUCAAGGGAUAGUUGCUGACUCAUGGCUCUUUGUUCUCAGUCAGCAAUGAGUUUAAAUCACCUCAGGCAUUCACAAUCCUGCAUGUUAUAGCCAACCAAAGAAAACCUCACAAAUAACUCCUUAUUUGGAAAUGACCUCCAGUCCAGCAGAUUAUCUGAAGAGUCUUUGUGCCUUCUUUAAAGAAAACUAAUCAAGUCCAGCAUGUCAAUCUCAUGAAAUGGAGAAUAGAGUGUCUUCACAAAAUGACAGCCUCCAUCCCCCAAGCACAUGGGAAGAACAAAGACCGCUUCCACUGUCCUUGAUUAAUUUGAAUUCACUGAUUUGAAGAUUGUCAUUCUUUCUGGCCAACAGAUCCAUUAAUACUAAGAGUUUAAAAUCAUGAAAAGGAAGAGAAACAAUGACAUGAUACUAUCAAUCAUGUUGUGAACAGAAUUAAAAAUGUUUCAAACAAGUUAGAUCUAAAUAAAUUUCCAAUCAAAUAUCUUAAUUGCGGGUCAUUGCUUUGUUGUUGUAAUACUGUAGUAUGUAAUUUGUUACAGCUAAUUGCAUCAUAUGCAAAUUAUGCAAGUAAAAUUCUCUCAAUUGUAAAAUAAAGUCUGAAAAAUAAAACCACUGCAACU